UUAAAUAUAUUUGUAUACAUUUUUAAGUAUAAUAUCUUAUGUUUAAGAAUAUUGUAUAUAAAGUUAGUCGUAUUACCACAAAAGGUAAAUUACAUUUCUUUGGAAGUAGUCGACGAGUUAGCAACGUUUUAAGAAUCAUGAAGAUCGGAACUCACGAUGGCGUCUUCCAUUGCGAUGAAGUUUUGGCUUGCUUCAUGCUUAAGUGCCUUCCGGAGUUUAAAGACGCCGCAAUUGUCAGAACAAGAGAUAUGGAAAAGCUUAAAGAAUGCGACAUAGUAGUCGACGUCGGAGCCGAGUUCGAUCACGAGAAGAAACGCUACGACCACCACCAGCGCGAGUUCAGUGAGACCUUAAGCUCCCUGAGGCCGGAACUAGGAGACAAAUACAGAAUUAAAUUAAGUUCAGCAGGUCUCAUUUAUGCAUUUUACGGAGAGAAAGUCAUCCAAGCCGUGGCACCUAAGGACCAUCCUCUCACGACAGAUAACUUGACUGUUGUUUACAAAAAAGUAUAUGAAAAUUUGGUUGAAGAAUUAGAUGCAAUCGACAAUGGAGUUCCGAUGACUGACACUGAACCACGAUACAAAAUACGUACACAUUUAAGUGCACGAGUACACCGGCUCAAUCCUGAGUGGAACUCAGAUCAAACCAUAAAUGUUGAUGAGAGUUUUAUGAAAGCUGUAGCUCUGGUCAGUGAAGAGUUCUUGUACAUGGUCAAUUACGCCAUAUCAGUGUGGCUCCCCGCUAGAGACUACGUUAAAUCUGCAUUAGAAGAGAGAUAUCAAGUUCAUAGGUCUGGCAGGAUCCUAGAAUUUAAAGAGAGAUUCCCGUGGAAAGAGCACCUGUUUGAUUUGGAACAGGAGAUGGGUGUGAAUGAGGUUAACUACGUUAUAUUUAAGGACAAACCCAAGUCUUGGAGAGUGCAAGCUGUGCCUGUGUCUCCUACCAGUUUUAUAACAAGGAAACCACUUCACAAGAAAUGGUGGGGCGUGCGAGACGAGUUGUUGAGUGAAAUCGCAGGCAUCAGUGAUUGUAUCUUCUGCCACAGUACUGGCUUCAUCGGCGGAAACGCCUCGCGGGAGGGAGCACUGGCCAUGGCCAUAGCCAGUCUACAGGCUGAAUAAUAAACUGUUUACAUAAUCCAA